AUGUCGCUGAAUAAAGUGAAAUUGUCUUUUUGUGAGAAGCUAGAUAUCCUCCCAGCAGCAGCUAGUGUCGCCGUUGCUGCUAUUUAUGCCUUAUUAACGGGUCUCUGGCGUACGGAGCGCCAGGCUAAAUCCCUGCUACUGCAUUUUGGUUAUGCCAUCUUGCGCAAAGCGACUGCGCGCAUGUCGCCGUUGCAAUUGCAGUAUAUACUCCCGGGCUCGGUUACUGUUUAUAAUCGCCUUGUGAAGGGUACGGGGUAUGAGGCCAGUUCGGUGCAAUUGAGUCAUGGCGCUAGUGGGCAUUGGAUUGGGGAUCCUAAUGCGACUAAUGUGCUGAUUUGGUAUCAUGGUGGUGGAUGGGCCUUAGCCUCCAACCGCGGUUACAUCAAAUUCUACGCAAAACUUGUCCGCGAUCUCGAGAAAUCAGGCAAAAGUGUCGCCGUCUUCGCACUCACCUACACCCUCGCCCCUGAAGCUACCUAUCCAUACCAACUCAGACAAGCUGUCUCUGCCGCCAGAUAUAUUCUCGAUCAGCCAAACCGUAACCCCGAAACCGUCUUCUUUGGCGGAGACUCGGCCGGUGGAAAUCUGGCUUGCGGCGUGCUUUCCCAUAUGGCUCACCCACACCCACAGAUUGAGCCACUGACUCCCAAGGGAAAAAUUGGAGGUGCAGUCCUUAUUGCCCCGUGGGCAUUGCUAGAUGCCGAGCAUCCGGAUCAGGUAAUCUAUGAUGGAGGUGAUAUCAUUAGCGAGGCUGUUGCGAAGCCCUGGGCAAGUGCGUAUCUGGGUAACGCACCACGCGAUAAUUAUACGGAUCCUUUCAAUGCGUCGCCCGAGUGGCUUGCUGCGCUGCCGGCGAAGGAGAUUCUAGUUACGGGUGGUGGUAAUGAGAUUCUGUUACCGGUUAUUCAGGAUUUCGCAAAGAAACUCAAGGAUAGCUUUGGGAAUGCGGAGUUGUUUGUUGGGCAUCGGGAGUGUCAUGUUGCGCCGAUUUAUCAUAUUAUGUUGAAUGAUAAUUCGGAAACGGAGCAGGGGAAGAAAAUCAAGUCGUGGUUGGCGGAGCAGCUGCAAUAA